CUUCCCAUUUCCGCGCCGAGCAAGCUCCAAUCAGAGAAGGAGAAAGCAAGAGCCAUGGCUUUCUCCAUUAGAAUGCUUCUUCUCGCCCUCGCCAUUCUCUCUCCCCAUCUCCAAGCAGCUUCCUCUGCUUCACCCGCCCCUCUUCAUCCCAUCGUCCCCACCCAACACCCACUCGACCCUCUCACUAAACAAGAGAUCACUCUCAUCAGAACUGUCGUCCUAAACAAAUACCCCUCCGGCACCGCCUUCCACUACGUCGGCCUCGACGAUCCCGAUAAGACCACCCUCCUCAAAUGGGCUUCAUCGCCUAACAAAAACCUCGUACACAUCCCUCGCCUCGCCUUCGUCAUCGUCAUCAUUAAAUCCCAAAUCCACGAGAUCCUUAUAAACCUCAAAACCCGACAAAUCCUCUCCGACAAUGUCCACACCGGUAACGGCUUCCCCACCCUGACAGUGGACGAACAAAGCGAGGCCAUUUUGCUUCCGCUGAAGUACGGUCCCUUCAUUGAGUCCGUGAAGAAGAGAGGGCUCAACUUGUCGGACGUUGUGUGUUCCACUUUUACCGUCGGGUGGUACGGCGAGACCAAGAGCAUUAGGGCUCUGAGGGUGGAGUGUUUCAUGAUGGGUGAGGCGGCCAACAUAUAUGUGAGGCCAAUCAAUGGGAUACUCAUACUGGUGGAUAUUGACAAGAUGCAGAUUAUUCAGUACCAGGAUAGAUCGGUCGAGCCUGUGCCUAAGGCCGAGAAUACUGAGUAUCGAGCUGACCAUCAAAAGCCACCCUUUGGUCCCAAGCUUCACGGCAUUGCCACGAUUCAACCAGAAGGGCCAGGAUUCAAGAUCCAAGGCCACAGCGUCAGCUGGGCCAACUGGAAAUUUCAUGUCGAGUACGAUGUGAGAGCAGGAGUAGUAAUAUCACUCGCAUCAUUGUACGAUCUGGACAAGCACAAGUCUCGAAGGGUACUCUACAGAGGUUAUAUCUCGGAGCUGUUCGUGCCAUACCAGGAUCCAUCCGAUGAAUGGUACUACAAGACAUUUUUCGAUGCCGGCGAGUUCGGGUUUGGACAGUCCAUGGUGUCGUUGGAGGCCAAUCGAGAUUGUCCUCCUCAUGCUCAAUUCAUGGAUGCUUACCUUCAUGACCGUGACGGAAACCCCUCCCUCCUCCAAAAUGCCUUCUGUAUCUUUGAAAAGCAUGGCGAGAUCUCGUGGCGUCACACAGAGACUGGCAUUCCCAAUCAAACUAUUCGAGAGGUCAGGUCAGACGUGAGUUUGGUGGUGAGAUCGGUGGUGACGGUGGGCAACUACGACAACGUUAUGGAUUGGGAGUUCAAGCCCAGUGGCUCCCUCAAGCUUGGGAUAGCACUCUCGGGAAUGCUGGAAAUCAAGGCAGUUGACAUUAAGCACAACGACGAAAUUAAGGAAGAGCAACACGGAAUAUUGGUGUCGGAGAACAGCAUCGGAGUAUACCAUGACCACUACUACAUUUACCAUCUUGACCUCGACAUUGACGGCGAAGAGAACUCCUUUGUGAAGACAGAUUUGAAGACAGUGAAAGUCACAGACGGCAGCUCAAAAAGAAAGAGUUACUGGAUAGCCGAGGCUCAGACACUGAAGAAUGAAUCGGCAGCCAUGAUCAGGUUAGGAGUUAGCCCGUCCGAGCUAGCUAUUGUAAACCCUAACAAGAAGACCUCCAUCGGCAACGAAGUCGGCUACCGCCUCAUUCCGGCGAUGCCAGCUCACCCCCUUUUGUUUGAAGAUGAUUACCCACAAAUACGAGGAGCUUUUACAAACUAUAAUGUCUGGGUCACUCCAUAUAACAGGAGCGAGAAAUGGGCUGGCGGGCGGUACGUUGAUCAAAGCCGCGGAGAAGAUACCCUGGCCGUUUGGACUAAAAAGAACAGGAAUAUUGAGAACAAGGACAUAGUGUUGUGGCACGUGGUGGGAAUUCAUCACGUGCCAGCACAAGAGGAUUUUCCAAUAAUGCCAUUGUUAAGCACUUCGUUUGAGCUGAGGCCAACCAACUUCUUUGAGAGGAAUGCAGUUCUCAAGACACCCUCUCCCAAAACUUGGAAAUGGCCAGCUUGCCCCAAGCAAAACUAGUUUGCUGGGCAUCAUAGUUAAAUUAUUGUGUGGAAGCGCCGCGUGCACAUUAGUAUUAAAUCUGGUCGAGAAAAAACAAGAGUGUAAUCCAAUGAUUGAUUAGUGUGCAAUGUUGUUAGGCAAGUCAAAGAUAGGGAGAACAAAGGCGUGCAAUUUAUUGCCGUAUGCGUCUCUGGUUUUAUGUGUAUUCUGAGAUGUUUGUGAGCGAUGAAAAUCAUAUUUAGAAUAAAAGGGGCACCUUUUUAAGUAGGUAUCUUAUAUUUUCAUUGGAAAAGUGAAUGGAUAAAAGUUUUUAA